AAAUUACUAGUAUUAUUUUUGGGUCGGGUCGGUUUGGGUUAUUGGGCAGGGUUCUUUUGUGUAUCCUAUUGAUUUUUGAGAUUGUAAUUAAGAACGCACGAUCUAGAGAGACGAGGACUUAGCGCCGCCGUGGUUGGGAUAAUAAUUCACGGCACGAACGAUGAUGGGGACUCACUCGUUGAAUCUGCUUCCCAAAUCAUUUCGUCCAACCUUGGCUUCACUCAGACCAAAUCUCCUCAGAUUUGACUCAACAAAGCUGACAUCAUGUCGGAGGCAAAAUCUGGGCAUCCGAUCCGUGUUCACGGGAAUCGUGGAAGAAAUGGGCCACGUAAAGGAUCUGGGAUUGGCUGACCACGGCGGAUUCGACCUUAAAAUCGGGGCGAGAGUGGUGCUGGAGGACGUGAAGCUUGGCGACAGCAUCGCCGUCAACGGGACUUGCCUUACAGUAACCGAUUUCGACACCGAGGAGUUCACAGUGGGGCUAGCACCGGAGACGCUGCGAAAGACGUCGCUGGAGGAGCUGGAGAGAGGGUCUCUGGUGAAUCUGGAGCGUGCGCUGCAGCCGGUGAGCCGCAUGGGCGGACACGUGGUGCAGGGACACGUGGACGGUACGGGAGUGAUAGUUUCGAUGGAAGCUGAGGGAGAUUCGCUGUGGGUGAAGGUGAAAGCGGACAAGGCUUUGCUCAAAUACAUUGUCCCCAAGGGCUUUGUGGCCGUGGAUGGGACGAGCCUGACGGUGGUGGAUGUGUCUGACCAGGAGAGCUGCUUUAAUUUCAUGCUCGUUGCUUACACGCAGCAGAAUGUGGUGAUUCCCACCAAGAUUGUUGGGCAGAAAGUGAACUUGGAGGUUGAUAUCAUGGGCAAAUACGUUGAGAGGCUUCUUCUCACCACUUCCGCCUACAACACUCCACAGGCAAAGAAGGGCUGAAGCUCAGCUGGGAUAAAUAGCAGCUUAUUUGGCAACUGUUGGUCUAUGUAAGAUUGAUCUUGACCUCUGUUUCUUUGUAAUGAUGGUCGUGAGCAUUUGCUCAGAACUUAGGUGCUUCUGUGAGAAAAAAGUAGAUGAACCUUUUCGAGUAAUGAUGAUCUAUUCAUUUGUGUCAAUUGGAGAAUAAGCUUAUGAUUGGAUUUCAUUACCCCUCUUUUU